GACUAAGUACUCAACCGGACGUUUGCUGACAAUUAUCUCUUUAUAUUUCCUCUCAUAUAAAUUUGAAAAUAAUUUAUUUAUUUACUUAAUAUAAUAUUUGAAUUGCUGGUUUUUUUAUUCAAAUUAUUAACCAGAUAAAUUUUAUUUUUGCUGAUGAUAUUGAUUUCAGUUGGUUGGAUACUUUGAGCAGCAUUAAAAAUUUUUAAAUGGAUCAAUUGUUAGGUGAAGAAAUAAAUAAGCCAAUAGUUCAUGUCAAUGAUGAUAACAAUGAUAAUGAUGAUGAUAAUGAACAAAAGAAUAAUGAUAUUGGAAAAUUAUCUCAUGUAGAAAAUGAAAUAAUAAAUAGUGUCGCUAAAUCAUCUGCUGUAUUUAAAUGUCAGCAUAAAGAUGAGCCGGAAUUGUCAGUUGAUGAGAAGAAAAAAAUAGCUUGGGAUUUGUUGAGUAAAAGUCCAGUUCAGUUUCUAUCACGAUUCGGUAGAUAUUUAAAUAACGAAUUGUUAAAAUACUUUGAAACUGCUGAUGAUAAAAGUGACUACGAGAUUGCGCACUAUAUAAAUAAACUUAAGAGAUAUUUUGAUAGUACGAGCAGAGAAAUAGAUAAAAAGAACAGACGGUAUGAAGCUUUGAAGCUACUAGUUGACAAAGGGGAAUAUUUUAGCGAGACUGCUAUGAUGAAACGUAAUCCUCUGCUUUAUGAUAAUUUAGUUGGCCAGUAUCUGACUGAUGAGCAGAAGAGAGAAAGAGAUUCUGCUGGUACUGAUGAUCACACUUUGGUUGAUGUACUUAUGCAAGGCAUUGAACGUGAUCAGGUUGAAAGGUUGAUGCAGAGGCAGGAAGACGAUGAAAAUGAUGUUAUGGAGGAAAAUGAUUCUGAUUCUGACUCCGAAUCUGAUGACUGUAAAAAUAAAUUAAAACUUAAAUCUAAACCUGUUUUAAAAAAUAAUUUACGGUGGGGUGAAUUACCUGACGGAAAGUUACGUAGUAAAUCUGCAAUUGUAAAUACUUAUGAUGAUUCUGAUGAGUCGAUAACAGAAAAAAAUAAUUUAUCUUUAGGUAACAAUAAAUUAAAAGGAAAAAAUAUUAAGACGAAGGAAAUAAAUAUUUUACGUCAAGAAUUUGUUACUCACAUGUAUCAAAAUUUUUUAAAUGGACAUGACAAAGAAUUUGACUACAGUACUAUUGAUGACAAUGAGGCAUACGAUAACGUGGAGUUGAGAACUCAGGAUGAAGAAGAAAAGUACUUUGACUCUGAAUCACCGGAACUGAUUAAUUCACCGAGUGUCCAACAGUCUCAGGAUGACUCUGAAGAUGAGUUGGAUAAAUAUAUGAACUCGCUCAAGGAGCAAACGAAUAUCACUCAAGAUCCACCUUAGAAACUCAACAUUAUCUUCAACUAUCUUCUUUUUUUAUACUCUACUGAUGUAUUUUCUAAUAAAAAAAUAACCAUAAAAGAUAAAAACUUAAUUAGGGAAAUUAAAGUUUACUUUAUU